AUGGCUCGCUUCAGUCUCUCAUUCAUUUCCGUUUUCCUCCUCCUCGCGGUCCUCGCUCUCUCCAUGCCCGCCCAGCGCGGUGGGCAAGCCCCAAGUCAACCGCUUGGGCUCAAUGGUGCUAUUAAUGAAUUGAGGCAUCCCGCCAGGUCGGUGAAUGCUCCUGACGGCAAGAACAGCAACGAAAAGGAGAAAAUGGAGGCCAAGGUCGCUGCCAAGCUGGCUGAAAAGGCCGGGGUUGCUAACACGCCUACUCCCGUUGCAACCCGUACCGACGAGUCAAAGCCCAAGUUUACUGGCUUGGGCAGGAUUCCUUUGAUCGGUUCCGUAAUCGGUGAUAACCUAUGA